AUGUUCGACGACCCCCCGCCGCCGUACGCCAUUACCACGAACGAGCCUCAUCUCGCACCGGGGAUAUUGCAGACACAGGGUUCAACUGUGCCUCGUUCGCUGAAUUCGACUGCACACCUACGCCUCCUCGGUGCGUUCAAAGCUUUGCGAUCUACGGUGGAAGAAAAUCUGGGUGCCCAGCUCCCGGACACAGUGGCAGGACUGGACGCCGCGCAACGGUGGGCGUGGUUUGUCGGACUCGCGGUUGAUAGGUUUGAGCGCUGGGCCGCGUUUGUAAGUUCAAAGGCGCUCAAAUCGUGGGUGAAGACAGAUUUUCCUCCGCUGGACGUGUUAAUGGUAUGGCACGCCUACAUGCUCAAUCCUCGGUGGUAUGCGGAAGAUUGCGAGCGGCUGCCAUUGCUGGCAAGUUUGAAGGGUCUAGGCGAUAGACUCCUUCCCGCAGUGCCGUGGAUACUUGUCAAGAUUGAAAUUGGAGAUCCUACCACAUACCAUCCAUCAGGACCCAGAGAAACCUCUUGGGCUGCCCGAACGGGCAUGCCUUGGGAUCCCUUUGAGGCAUCACGCGAAAUGAUCCAUCGUCGUAUGAAGUGUCCGAAAUGUCAUAAAGAGGUAGAGACGCCGUACCUGACACCUGAGGGGACUGGUUACGCACAGCGCAAAUUUGCUGUGGCGUGUUCUUCGUGCAGGCUUUUGAUCACGAAGGAGGGCCUUGGUCUCGCCAAGUUCGCGGACGACCUCGUUUCGGAUCAUAAGACCCCGCAUGUGGGCUUCGGUGUUUACUUUGCUGGCACUCUACAUACGGAAAUGAAGACGACAGACGAGCUUCGGGCGAACCGAAUCAAGAAUGCGUUCGUUCGUGCGAACGCUCUCUCAUCACGGACGCAGAUCACCCGUGCGCAAUGGAGACAAGAAAUAUUAGAAAAGUUUAAUUACUCCAUUGCUGCUUUGCCGGCUGCGGUAUCACUUUUAUUGCUAGAUGGGGGUGGUCGGCGCAUUGUCAACCGGAUAUUGAGUGCGUACACUGACGACCGCCCGUUCUCUAUUGACUUGGUCGGUGCUGUCAUCCGGCAGGGCUCUUUCAUCGACAAGAUGUACUCCUUUGGCUGGACGCAAGCAGAUUUUUUCGAUGGCCCGCAGGACGAAGCAGUCCUGGUUCAUGCGAUCACAAGGUAUCAUGCGUGA